AUGAAAGAUCCCAAAGGACCGCCCAUAUAUCAGCACGACGUAACUGUUUGUCGUCCUAACGACGUGGUGUUGGAACGGGGUGGAUUCAGCAAUAAGCAUCCCGGGAACAAAACACUCCGCAGAAUUGUUCAACGUUGCAAGAAGUGGUACAAAUUUCUAGAAGAGACCGAAAGACUUUUUGUUGUUGAGCAUCUGAUGACAUGGUGUAACUUCACGCACCGAACAUUCGUGGUGCGAUUAAGAGCUGGCACAGCUUGGAAGGAAGCAUCUAGAGAGGCUGCCCGUGAGAGCCUGCUGCAUAUGCUGCGUGAGAACAACACCAAGGCGAAGGGGAUCAGGUCGAAGGGGGCCAAGAAGUCCCCAUCUGAAUUGGAAGGAUUAGUCUGCGAUGCCAUAAAGGAUGCUACCGCUUCCGACAAUCAAGAAACGCCUACCAAGAGUGCCGGAACAGUCGCGUCAUUGCUAAAUUUACCAAAAUCGCCAACUAUCCAGGCUGCAACUGCGGCAUCUCACCCUGCACCCGUGGUUGUCAGUCCAACUUCCGACGAGAGCCAGGAUGGUCUCGAUAAAUAUAUCUUUUCCGAGAACGACCUUUUCCCCGUCCCCAGACGAGUUGGAGACCCAUUUUAUUCCAACAGCUGUGAGACCGAUGAACACGGCGCACCACCACCGUUUGGAAUGACUUGCACAAACACUGUCGGAAUCUGA